UUUUCGGAAACGUCGAAAUGCUCCGACCACUCCAGCCCCUCGCCGCCGCCUCCUCCGCCGCCUCCCGUCGAAGCCUGGUCCCGCGCCUCCUCCUGCGCCAGCAGCCGCUCCUGCGUCGCCUCAGCUCCUCGUCGCGCACCGGCUCGCGGCCAGGGUCUGGCGGCGGCAGCGCGGGUUCCGGCGGCAGCGGCGGUGGUGGCCAGUCCUCGUCUAACGCGUGGGUCAACCCGCUCAACCGCGUGCCCGGCGGAGGCGGCGACAAGGGCGACGCGCUGCACAAGUACGGGAGCGACCUCACGGCGAUGGCGCGCGAGGGCAAGCUCGACACGGUCGUCGGCCGCGACGAGGAGAUCCGCAGGACGAUCCAGGUGCUCUCGCGCCGGCGGAAGAACAACCCGGUGCUGAUUGGUGAGCCGGGCGUGGGAAAGACGGCCGUGGCAGAGGGGCUCGCCCAGCGCAUCGUCGACCGCGAGGUACCCGACUCGAUGCGCUCGCGCCGGCUGAUUGCCGUCGAUAUGGGCACGCUGCUCGCGGGCGCAAAGUUCCGCGGCGAGUUUGAGGAGCGCUUCAAGGGCGUGCUCAAGGAGGCGGCCGACUCGGAGGGGGAGGUGAUCCUCUUCAUCGACGAGAUCCACUCCGUGAUGGGCGCGGGCGACGCCGACGGGGCGAUGGACGCCUCCGCACUCCUCAAGCCGCAGCUGGCGCGCGGCGAGAUAGCCGUCGUCGGCGCGACCACGCUCAACGAGUACCGCGCGAUCGAGAAGGACGCCGCGCUCGCGCGCCGCUUCCAGCCGGUGAUGGUGGCCGAGCCCACGCCCGCCGAGUCGCUCACCAUCCUGCGCGGCAUCAAGGAGAAGUACCAGGCGCACCACGGGGUACACAUCACCGACGCGGCGCUCGUCGCCGCAGUGGCGCACGCGAAGCGCUACCUCGUCGAGCGGAAGCUGCCAGACUCGGCCAUCGACCUCCUCGACGAGGCUGCGAGCCUUUUAGCUGCGAGCCGGCUGCGGCUGCAGCACGAGUCCAAGCCGGAGCCGAUCGCGGACCUGGAGCGCGAGGCGCGGAGGCGCUGCGGAGCGGGAGCGAGGGGCGAGAUCCGCCGGCUGCUGCACGCCAAGCAGGCGACGGCGCAGGAGCUGGGCGCCGCGUGGAGCGCGCAGCGGGAGACGCUCGAGCAGCGCAAGGCGGCGCGCGCGAGCCUGCAGCAGGCGCGCGCCGACCUGGCCGCGCGCGCCGACCUUGCCGUGGCGGAGCGGGACGGCGACCUGGUGCGCGCGGGCGAGCUGACGUACGCGAUCAUCCCGCGGCUCGAAAAGGAGUUCUCGCAGUGGAGCGAGGCCGCGGGCGGCGGCGCGGGCGGCGAGGGCGCCGAGACGGGCGACUCCGACGCCGCGCUCUUGUCGGAGCAAGUGACGGAGGCGCAUAUCGCCGAAAUCGUGGCGCGCGCGACCGGCAUCCCUGCGGCGAGGCUUGUUGCGGGCGCGCGCAGCCAGAGGGCGGCGCGGGGACGGGAGAAGCUGCUGCAGAUGGAGGCGACGCUCGCGCGGUCCGUCAUCGGGCAGGACGAGGCGCUCGCCGUCGUGUCGAACGCGGUGCGAGUCUCGCGCGCCGGGCUGCAGUCGUCCGAGCGCCCGCUCGGCGCGCCCCUGCUGGUCCUUGCCUGCGCAGGCACCUUCAUGCUGGUCGGGCCGACCGGCGUGGGCAAGACGCACCUUUGCAAGGCGCUUGCCGAGUUCCUCUUCGACUCGGCCGACGCGGUCACGCGGCUCGACAUGUCCGAGUUCAGCGAGAAGCACGCCGUCUCUCGCCUCGUCGGCGCGCCGCCCGGCUACGUCGGGUACGACGAGGGCGGCCAGCUGACCGAGGCGGUGCGGCGGCGGCCGUACUCGGUGCUGCUCCUCGACGAGUUCGAGAAGGCGCACCGCGAGGUUGCGACGCUGCUGCUGCAGGUCCUCGACGAGGGCCGCCUCACCGACUCGCAAGGCAAGACGGUCGACUUCCGCAACACGAUCAUCAUCAUGACGUCCAACUUGGGCGCAGAGGCGCUCGCGUCGCUGCCGGAGGGGGCCGCCUCCUCCAAGGCGCGGCCCGAAGUGCUCAAGGCGAUCGCGGACGCCUUCCCGCCCGAGUUCGUCAACCGGCUCGACGAGAUUGUCCUCUUCGAGCGGCUCACCCGCGAGCGCAUCGCCGCCAUCUGCGCUGUCGAGGUGCAGCAGCUGCGGGAGCGCCUCUCUGCGCGCGGUGUCCGCCUGCGCCUCUCCCCGGACGCCCUGCUCCGGCUGGCGGAGGCCGGGUACGACCCAGCGUACGGCGCGCGGCCGGUGCGGCGCGCCAUCCGCCACCACCUGCUCGACCCGCUCUCCCGGCUGCUGAUCGGAGACCAGGAGGCGCAGGACGGCGCGACCGUCCUCGUCGACACGAAGGACACCGGCGCGGGCGCGGGCGGCGGCGCGGCGCAGCCCUCCAUCGUGCCGCCGCUGCCGGGCGUGCCUUUCGCCACGGGGCUGUUUGGCGCCGGCGGCGCCGCCGCGGCGGUGCCGCCGAGCGACAUGGCCGCCGCUGUGCGCAUCCGACUGCUGGCUCCGGGUGCGCCGCUUCCGCCAGAGGACACGGGGGUCGACUGGGACGAGGGGCCGGAGUCGGCAGCGUAGGUGUGCCUGUACUUUAUGUGUUUCAACUAAAAACAUCAAAAAAGCAAAACAUCCAACUGCAACUAAAUCAUACAAACGUCGGCAUGACCCGGAUCUCGUAAUACACCACCUUGGGCUUAUUCGGCUUGCCCUCCACAGACUCCUCCUUGUACUCGCGCAGCUGGUUGGCAAGCUCCUCCGUGGAGCUCGCCUUGGCUCUGGAUGGCCCCGGCUUUCCGCCGCUGCCGGACGGGGCGCCCGCUAGCACCGCUUCGGUCGAGAAACGCGAGUUGGUCUUUUGCUUUGUGGCCUUCCAUGCCGCCUUUUUGUCUUCUGCUGUCACUGCAGGCGAGUCCUUCUGCUCGAGAACCUGCAGCAUGGUGCACGGCGGGAAGAGCACCUCCUCCUCGCCGGCAAACUGCGAGAGCAGCGAGAUGUCGGCGCCGUGGUGGAAGCCCGUGUCUCCCUCGCAUGACGGGCGGAGGCUCCACAGCACGUUCGGGCCAUUCUCGUCCAUGUACAUCACCGGCGUCGCGCGGUUGCGGGAAGUGGACAUGAAGGCGGUGUCCGUGGCACAGACCAUGCCGAGCUCGCCCCGCACCCAAAACGAGUACGGCAGCUCGCCGCGCACGCCACGGUAGAGAGGCUUGUCCGCCUCCUCCGGAAGCGUGAUGGCGGAGAGCUUGCGGAUGGCUCGGCAGAGGUGCGCCACAGUGGCGGUGAAGGUCGCCGCCGGGUGCGUCGCGACCAGCCGGCGGAAGCCGCCAGACAAGUUUCCAAUCUCGCGCAGGAAGCGGUUGACGGGCUGGUAGGCUGGGCCAGAGUACAGCCGAACCGCAAGCACCUCCUCGCGCGUCAGAAAGGCGUUGGCCUCGCUCGGCAUCGGCGUGUCUGGGCUCAUCUGCUUUAGCUUCUCGCGCCGCUCUGCAAUGCGCGCGUUAAUGCGAUCGCAAAACUGCACCACGGACAUGCCGCCGUUUUUCUCGUCGCGCGUGCCGGGCGUCUUGUCAGCGGCGGGGACGGCUUCCCCGUUGACGUACUCCCACUCCUCGCGCAGCGUGUACUUGACGUCCUUGAAGUCCGUCCAGGAGUAGUCUCGCAUAAACUCCUGCUCGAGCGUGAGCA